AUGGAUCAUACAAUUCUUCUUAUCCAACCAACCCCAAAGGUGGAUUCUCGAUCGUGGUCGGAUUAUGAAAGCCUUCCGGACUGUCUCGAAGGAAUAUGCAAAGUCUUCGAAGAGUUCCUCAAAAAGAAAACUCCAGGACGGACAAGCAUCACGUACGACAUUAGUCAGUUAUUCACUUUCAUCGAUCGUCUUACCGAUCUUUCGAUACUAGUGUUCAACAGACAAACCAGCCAAUACGUUCCACAUGACAAAACCUAUAUUAAAGAGAAAAUAUUCGAUCUUCUUAAAACUCGAGCAGACAAUGGCACUGAAAUUGAUGAUAAUGAGACAAUUUAA